ACUACGCCUCUCCACCCAAACACCGCCUCCUUCUCUCUCUCUUCAUCUCUCUCCUUUUUUCUCUCCUCCGUCUCUCUCUCUCUGGUUCCAGAGGGUUUCUCUGCUAAAUUUCAGGCGGUCAAGAGCUUGAAACCUCUUUUAAUUCCGCAGAAAAGCCUCUUCUCUGCGACUAAUUUGUUCUUGUUUGAUAAAAGAACGGAUGGAAGAGAAUCUCCGGACGAAUAUUCCGGUGCCACUGCCGGAUCGUGAGGCGGAAGCGACUGAUAAUUGCGAGAGCGAGUCGACGCGGACGGAAUCGAUCGACUCCGGUAUAACGGUUGGUAGCUCCGGAGAUUUCCUGAGUCAUAAUGCGGAUGCGAGUGAGUCAACAGGAUGGACUGAUGAGAAGCACAGCCUGUAUCUUAAUCAUUUAGAAACAUCAUUCGUCAAGCAGUUGCAUCGUUCAGCUGGAUUGUGUGGCUGGCAUUCACGAACAAAAAUUUGGGGUCCAUUUUCAUCCUAUGGAACGCGACCGAGAACUCAUAAUUCUGCUGAUCAGUACACUGUUCUACAGGAUGGCUGUUGGCAGAAGGUAAACUUUGGAGAAAAUGGACCCUUAUUGGACCAAAGAUCUGAUUCUUAUACUGGUCUUGAUAACCAAUGGAUACAUCAUUUCACAUCUUCCAGUAAACAGCGCAUAGGGGCACCUCCUUCCCUACAUGAAAGUAUUUUAGCCAGGGAUGCAUACUGGAGGAGUGGAUCAUCGAGGAAUUCUCAGGAGCCUGGAUAUGAUCAAUACCAUGAUGUUUCUGUUGACAGUACUACAGAGGUCUCAGACCAGAAUUUUGUGGACAAUGAUGGGGAGAGUUCGAAUCGCCCUUCCUCAGAAAAAGGGCUUAAAAGAGCUACAGCUGGUGCUUCAAGCAGUGAUCAGGUUGUGCCUCAUAGAAAGUUUCAAAAAAUAAAUGCAUCGAGUGUCAAUCAUGCAUUGACAGAAAAAGAUGCACAGGAGUUGCUGUCAGAUGAACCCGAGAGUUUUGCCUGUCAAAAAGAUGAUCUCCAUUAUUACUUAAGAGGAAGUUGAUUCGCCAACUCAAAACUGAAUUUGAACUGGGAUCUGUGGAGAGAAGACGGGAGGACUUGACCUGCUUCCUGGUUGAAGAAAAAAAGAAGUGAGGAAAAUGUUUUUAUUGAUAGUUAUUGUUUUUUCCUGGUAGCUCAUACUGGAGAUGAUUAUGGAGAUUACAAUGCUGGCGAUGAUUAUCAAGAUAUCAAUGCUGGCGAUGCUUUCUAUUAUGUUGGAAGAAGAAAUUCAUAUGUUCCCUGCAAUUCUUAUGUUUAGUAUAUUAGCGAAACAAGAUCCACAAGUAGCUAUUAUUUGCUGGUUUGUUUACUAUUUGAGGAAAAUUCCACUGGGGCUUCAACGAAUGGAGAAGACGUGAAUUGCAAUAGACGGCGGACGUGCAAACGAUGUGAGGUCGGGCUUUCCAGGCACGGAUUUCUGCUAGUUUGAUAAUUCUGAAUCUCAAUCUGCUUCGUGGUUCCUGGAAGUUUCUAUAUUAUUUUGAUGUUUCUACUCAAAUUCUAGAAAUGAAAUCCUGUAAAUAUUCUUUCCCAGUUUAUUUCCCUUCUACAACUAAGACUUGGAAUUGCUGAAUUAUGUCUAUGUCACUUACCAUUCGGAUUUGUCUCAUGAA